AUGACGGAGCAGGAUCUGAAGAUGAUGGAGCAGGAUCUGAAGGCCUGCUACUCAAUUGAAGAGAACUUCGACACUAACUAUAAGAUGCUGAACACACUGGGUGAAGGAAAAUUUUCAGUGGUGAAACGAGCCUUCCAUGUCCCCACAAGUACCUCUGUGGCUGUAAAAAUUCUCCAAAACACCAAGGAGUACACCUCACCCAUCUGCAGGGAAGCCAGGAUUAUGAAAUCACUUAGCCAUCCUAACAUUAUCAAGCUGUUUCAUGUGGUCCAGAGAAGAGAGACUACCUACCUGGUGAUGGAGUAUGCCUCAGAGGGAGAGCUACAAGAUCGCAUCAUCAAAGUGGGGUCUUUAGAGGAGAGCGAGACUCGAAGGUUGUUUGCCCAGAUAGUACAUGCGGUGCAGUACUGCCAUGACCAUCACAUUGUCCAUAGAGACAUAAAGGCCAGCAACAUCUUGAUCAACUACAGGGGAAAUGCCAAGCUGUGUGAUUUUGGCUUGGCUGCUGAAGUGAUUCCUGGACAAAAGCUGGCAGGUUUCUGUGGCACGCUGCCCUACUGUGCCCCGGAACUCUUGCAAGCAGAGAAAUAUGAGGGCCCCCCUGUAGAUAUCUGGAGUUUAGGGGUCCUCCUGUUCCUCAUGGUAUCUGGGAACUUGCCUUUCCAAGGCAGGUAUUUUGUGGACUUAAAGCAGGAGAUCAUCUCUGCAAACUUCAGCAUCCCUUCCCAUGUUUCCAUUGAUAUUCUCAAUGUCAUCAUUGAACUGCUGAUGAUCAAUCCCAGCAGGAGGCCAACCAUCCACCAAAUCAUGAGGCACCCCAUGAUCAGGGGCAGUGAGGCAUGUUUACCACCUACUUCCACACAGAUUUCCCAGGCACCCCAAGCCACAGCAUUGUCAGGACCAUGAGAGUCAUCACAUAGAAGCCUGACAGGAAUAUGUCCUCCUGCAGUCCCCAAGAGGAGCUCUGUGGAUACCUGCAGCCACCUAAGAGUGUAGGUGUUCCAGGAUCCUCCUCUGGGGAUAU